GCGGGCGGCGGAGCCUGGCGCCGCGGGUCGCGCCCGGGGCCAGCCGGCGGGGUGGAUGAGGUUGAUGCUCCUCUGCUGCACCUGGAGGGACGAGCCUAUGGGAGAGGAGGAAGGAAGCGACCUGCCUGUAUGUGCGAGCUGUGGCCACAGUAUCUACGAUGGGCAAUACCUCCAGGCCCUGAACGCUGACUGGCAUGCCGACUGCUUCAGGUGCUGUGAGUGCGGGGCCCUGCUGUCCCACCAGUACUACGAGAAGGAUGGUCGCCUAUACUGCAAGAAGGACUAUUGGGCCAGGUUUGGGGAGCUGUGCCACGGCUGCUCAGAGCAGAUCACCAAGGGGCUGGUCAUGGUGGCUGGGGAGCAGAAAUACCACCCGGAGUGCUUCAGCUGCCUCAGCUGCCGGGCGUUCAUCGGUGACGGCGACACCUACGCGCUCGUGGAGCGCUCCAAGCUCUACUGCGGGCACUGCUACUACCAGAUGGUGGUGACCCCGGUGAUAGAGCAGAUCCUGCCGGACUCCCCGGGUGCCCGGAUCCCACACACUGUCACACUGGUGUCCAUCCCAGCCUGCAGCGACGGGAAGCGAGGGCUCUCUGUGUCCAUUGACCAGCACUGCAGCUCCCAGGACUGUGGCUCAGAACACUCCCACACGGUCCGGGUCCGAGAAGUGAACCCUGACUGCAUCAGCCCCGACAUGAAGAACUCCAUCCACAUUGGAGACCGUAUCCUGGAGAUCAACGGCACCCCCAUCAGGCACGUUCCACUGGACGAGAUUGACCUGCUCAUCCAGGAGACCAGCCGCCUCCUCCAGCUGACCAUAGAACACGACCCCCACGAGGUGGUGGCCCGAGAGUCGGCGCUGGAGAGCAGCUCCCUGGCCGACCUGCACAGCCCCCAGCGCUCACCGGCCUGCAUGCCUGGCGGUGAGGCCAGCGCUGUCAGCCAGAGGACAGUCAUGAGGAGCUGCAGCAUCGACAAGUCCCCGUGCUCCAGCUCCUUGGGCUCCCCUGCCUCCCAGCGCAAGGACAUCAGCCGCUCCGAGUCGCUCCGCAUCGUCUCCCGCACGCAUCGCAUUUUCCGUCCCUCAGACUUGAUCCACGGCGAGGUGCUGGGGAAGGGCUGCUUUGGACAGGCCAUUAAGGUGACGCACCGGGAGACAGGCGAGGUGAUGGUCAUGAAGGAACUGAUCCGCUUUGAUGAGGAGACCCAGAGGGCAUUCCUCAAAGAGGUGAAAGUGAUGCGAUGCCUAGAGCACCCCAAUGUGCUGAAGUUUAUCGGGGUGCUGUACAAGGACAAGAGGUUGAAUUUCAUCACAGAAUACAUCAAGGGGGGGACCCUACGAGGCAUCAUAAAGAGCAUGGACAGCCAGUACCCAUGGAGCCAGCGCGUGAGCUUUGCCAAGGACAUUGCGUCUGGCAUGGCCUAUCUGCACUCGAUGAACAUCAUCCAUCGUGAUCUCAACUCUCACAACUGCCUGGUGCGGGAGAACAGGAGUGUGGUGGUGGCCGACUUCGGGCUGGCCCGGCUCAUGGUGGAUGAAAAGAACCAGCCUGAGCAGCUCAAGAACCUGAAGAAACCGGACCGCAAGAAACGCUACACGGUGGUGGGGAACCCCUACUGGAUGGCCCCGGAGAUGAUCAAUGGCAGGAGCUAUGAUGAGAAAGUCGACAUCUUCUCGUUUGGCAUUCUCUUGUGCGAGAUCAUCGGCCGGGUCAGCGCCGACCCCGACUACCUGCCCAGGACCAUGGACUUCGGCCUCAACGUGCGAGGGUUCCUGGAGCGAUACUGCCCUCCUGCCUGCCCCCCAAGCUUCUUUCCCAUCGCCGUGCACUGCUGCGACCUGGACCCUGAGAAGAGGCCCUCCUUCCCCAGGCUGGCACAGUGGCUGGAAGCACUGCACAUGCACCUGGAGAUCCACCUGCCGCUGAGCUCGCAGCUGGAGCAGCUGGAUCGGGCCUUCUGGGAGUCGUACCGGCGGGGCGAGGGCGGGCUGCCCAUGCACCCCGAGGUCCCUGACUGAGCACCGGGCCGCAGGCAGCAGCCAGCCCCUGGCGUGGGGGAAGAGCUCUCACACGCUCCUCCCUCACACUCACAACGCAUGGGGAGCACAGCCCAGAGGGCAAGCACUGCCCCCUCCUGCCACCGGCCCCCCCAGGGCUGGAUCUCUGGGGUGCCUCAGCAGCAGCCGGUGGCCAAGCCCUCUCAACAAGGCCAGUUUGGUUGCUACCCUUGCCGUUUGCCGUUCAGUUCCCUUGGGGGAGCCAGCCCUCCCCACCCACUGCACUUUCCCUGCAUCCCUGCCCAUGGCCCCCACGGGACGGCAGCAAGCCGCCGGUCCUGAAUGUACAUAGCCCCUCCCCAUGCGGAGCCUGCAGCAUGCUGGGUGUGCGGCAGCCUGCCAUGCGGCAGGACCUGCAGGAGCUGAGUGCAGCCUGCAGCCCCACUCCCUGGGGAGCCGCCUGCCUGCACGGCCCUUUGCACACU